AUGGAGAGGAAUUCAUUCCGCGUCGUCAUCGUUGGCGGCUCGAUAGCAGGGCUUACACUUGCCCAUUGUCUCGCUCGUGCCGGCAUAGACUACGUGGUUCUGGAGAAGCGUGGCGAAGUGGCUCCUCAGGAAGGUGCCUCGGUUGGAAUUAUGCCCAACGGGGCGCGGAUUUUGCAACAGCUGGGCCUUUACGAUGCGCUAGAGGAGCUGGUUCAUCCACUGGAGGAAGCCCAUGUUGUCUAUCCCGAUGGCUUCCGCUAUACUAGCCAGUAUCCUCGGGUCCUGCGCGAGCGGUUCGGAUAUUCACUGGCCUUUCUCGACCGGCAGCAGGUGUUAGCUAUCCUCGCCGACCGUCUGCCUCAUCCAGACCGAUUACGCACCGGGACCGCCGUGGAGCGGCUGGAGGGUCAAGGCGACGGCCGUCCAUUGCGCGUGUACUGUCGCGACGGGUCGUCCUACGAGGGGGACCUGAUCGUGGGCGCCGACGGAGUCCACAGUGUAGUGCGCAAAGCGAUGUGGCAGAUGUCUGGAAUCUCCGCCCAGCAGGAGCAACAGCGCAUGCGGGUGCAAUACGCCUGUGUCUUCGGUAUCUCUUCGCCAGCACCUAAUGUAUGUGCCGGGCAGCAGAUCACCAGUUACAGCCAUGGACGGAGCAUCCUGAGCGUGGUGGGCAAACAUGGACGCAUCUACUGGUUCUUGUUCCGCCGACUCUCGCACGACUACCAUUACGGCAAUGCACCGCGGUUUUCGCGCGAGGAUGCCAUUCAGUAUUGCACGUCGCUGGCGCGUGAGCCAUACUGGCAGGAUACGAGCUUCGGAGACCUUUGGGAACGGCGUGUCAUGUUCAACAUGACCGCGGUGGAAGAGUAUGUGCUGAAGCAGUGGCACUACGGCCAGGUCGUCUGUAUCGGGGACAGCGCUCACAAGAUCGCUCCGCACACGGGCCAGGGCGCCAACUGUGCCAUGGAAGAUGCAGCCGUACUCUCCUCGCUGCUGGUUCAACAGCUGCAACAGCCUAGUCGGAAGACAGUUCCAUCCCUGGCCGAGUGGGAGCAUAUGUUCACCGCUUUUACUCAGCUGCGUCGCAAGCGCACCUUGCAGGUGGCUCAUGCAGCCGGCAUGGCGAUGCGUCUCCACGCCUUGGAAGGCCUUUUCCGGCGCGUUCUCGCUCGCUACUAUCUCCCAUACGCCAAAGACAUGCCGGCUGAUCGAGCUUCUAAGGGCAUUGCUGACGCCCCUCUGCUGAGAUUUCUUCCGGUUCCAGAGCGCUCCGGCCCAGGCUGGGUGCUGUUCGCCUCCGAGGCUAAGACGCGAAGUCCGGUUGCCCGGUCAUUCCUGCUGACGGUGAUUGGG